AUGGCUCAGGCUGCAGGGCUCCGCGGCGCGGCCCUGCGCACCCUGCUGCUCUUGCUGCUGUUCUUGCUGUUGCCGCAACCGCUGCAGACCCGCGCCCCGAGGCCAUCGAAUACUUACCGCCACCACCUUAUGAGGAGGGGGCCACCGACCCGGCUGGCGUCACUGCUCAGUAGCCUGGUGCCUGCCCCUACUACCCAGGAGUCCCCCAAGCCUGCUGGUGGCCCCAAGCUGCCCCGCUGCGGAGUGCCUGACCUGCCGGAUGAACUGAGUGCCCGAAACCGGCAAAAGCGGUUUGUGUUGUCAGGCGGACGCUGGGAGAAGACAGACCUCACAUACAGGAUCCUCCGCUUCCCAUGGCAGUUGGUUCGGGAACAGGUGCGGCAGACAGUGGCAGAAGCCUUGCAGGUGUGGAGCCAGGUGACGCCACUCACCUUCACUGAGGUGUUCGAGGGCCAUGCCGAUAUCAUGAUUGACUUCACCAGGUACUGGCAUGGAGAUAACCUGCCAUUUGAUGGGCCUGGGGGCAUCCUGGCCCAUGCCUUCUUCCCCAAGACCCACCGAGAAGGGGAUGUCCACUUCGAUUAUGAUGAGACCUGGACAAUUGGGGACAACCAGGGCACAGACCUUCUGCAGGUGGCUGCUCAUGAAUUUGGCCACGUGCUGGGACUGCAGCACACAACAGCAGCCAAAGCCCUCAUGUCCCCUUUCUAUACCUUUCGCUACCCACUGAGCCUCAGCCCUGAUGACCAAAGGGGCAUCCAGCACCUGUAUGGCCGGCCUUGGUCAGCUCCCACACCCAGUGCCCCAACCCCAGGCCCUCAAGCUGGUGUGGACACCAAUGAAAUUGCUCCCCCAUUGGAGCCGGAAGCUCCACCAGAUGCCUGUGAGGUCUCCUUCGACGCAGUUUCCACCAUCCGUGGUGAGCUCUUCUUCUUCAAAGGUGCCUUCGUGUGGCGGUUACGUGGAGGUCAGCUGCAGCCUGGCUACCCUGCGCUGGCCUCACGCCACUGGCAGGGGCUGCCCAGCCCCGUGGAUGCCGCCUUCGAGGAUGCCCAAGGCCGCAUCUGGUUCUUCCAAGGUGCUCAGUACUGGAUGUAUGAUGGUGAGAAGCCAGUCCUAGGCCCUGCACCUCUUUCAGAGCUGGGCCUGGUGGGCUCCCCGGUCCAUGCUGCCUUAGUCUGGGGCCUUGAGAAGAAUAAGAUCUACUUCUUUCGAGGCGGGGAUUACUGGCGUUUCCACCCCAGCACCAGCCGAGUGGAUAGCCCUGUGCCUCGCAGGGCCACUGACUGGCGAGGCGUGCCUUCAGAGAUCGACGCAGCCUUCCAGGAUGCUGAUGGUUACGCCUACUUCCUCCGAGGCCGCCUCUACUGGAAGUUUGACCCUGUGAAGGUGAAGACUCUGGAGGGCUUCCCCCGCCUCGUGGGUCCUGACUUCUUUGGCUGUGCCGAGCCUGCCAACACUUUCCACUGA